GGCGAAGAGAUGUCGGCCAUCUUGGAUUGUAGCGGGGAAGAAAGAUUGAUGUGGUGACACGCGGCAUGUUUGGUGCUAAUCGGAAGAAGUUUAUGGAGGGGGGGGUGGAGAGUGACUAUGCGGACGACUCCAGCCUCUACUAUGGCCAACAGUCCAUGUUCCCUCCUCACCGCGCUGACAAAGAUAUGCUGGUGUCUUCCUCUGCUUCCUCAUCGGGUCAACUGUCACAGCUCGGAGCCAGCUUAUAUGGCCCACAGAGUGCUUUGGGGUUUCCCAUGCGUGGUAUGAACAGCAGCGCAGCGCCUCAAUUAAGUCGAAGUGGUCUGAACCAGUCUGCCAGCCAGCUCUCCAGCCAUGCCAGUACACCCAACACUGGCACAAUGCACACGCCUCCCUCACCGAGCAGGGGUAUCCUGCCAAUGAGCAGCCGGAGCGUGCUGAACCACAGCCAGCAGGUUGGGGGUCCCACGGGUCAGGCGGGAGGGAUGGGAGGAGGGGGAGAGAGGGGAGGUGGCGGAGGAGGAGGGAGGAGCGGCAGCAUGGGGAGUCCCAGCCGGUCGUCACCAAGCAUCAUCGGCAUGCCCAAACAGCAGCAAGCACGACAGCCUUUCACUAUCAACAGUAUGUCAGGGUUUGGGGUGAACAGGAAUCCAGGCUUCAAUUUGAACAACUCGCUAUCCAACAACAUCUUCAAUGGCACAGACGGCAGUGAGAAUGUGACGGGGCUGGACCUGUCAGAUUUCCCGGCGUUAGCAGACAGGAGUCGGAGGGACGGAGGCUCGAAUCCCACCCCACUGCUUAACCCGCUGGCCGGUCGGGCUCCUUAUGUUGGCAUGGUAACCAAGCCGUCCAGUGAGCAGUCGCAAGACUUCUCCAUCCAUAACGAAGAUUUCCCAGCUCUUCCUGGGCCAAACUACCAAACAAAAGACCCCACCAGCACCAACGAAGACAGCAAAACGAAUCUGAACUCAUCAGGAAAGCCCACCUCUAACUCAGAUGGUCCAAAGUUCCCCGGCGAUAAGAGCUCUGCGCCCAGCAACAACAACCAGCAGAAGAAAGGGAUUCAGGUGCUUCCUGACGGGCGUGUGACCAACAUCCCAGUUGGCAUGGUAACGGACCAGUUUGGAAUGAUCGGCUUGCUGACGUUCAUCCGGGCGGCAGAGACAGACCCCGGAAUGGUCCACCUGGCACUGGGCUCUGACCUCACCACGCUCGGCCUGAACCUCAAUUCACCGGAAAAUCUCUAUCCUAAGUUUGCGUCUCCCUGGGCAUCGGCUCCAUGUCGACCGCAGGAUAUAGACUUCCACGUUCCCUCAGAGUAUUUAACCAACAUCCACAUAAGGGACAAGUUAGCAGCUAUCAAGUUGUCUCGUUAUGGUGAAGAUCUGCUGUUUUAUCUGUACUAUAUGAAUGGAGGAGACCUACUACAACUACUGGCUGCAGUAGAACUCUUUAACAGGGACUGGCGGUACCAUAAAGAGGAGCGGGUUUGGAUCACCCGGGCUCCGGGAAUGGAGCCCACGCUGAAGACCAACGCCUACGAGAGAGGGACCUACUACUUCUUCGACUGCCUCAACUGGAGGAAGGUGGCCAAGGAGUUUCAUCUGGAAUAUGACAAACUAGAAGAGAGACCUCACGUUCCCUCCACCUUCAACUACAAUCCUGCCCAGCAGGCCUUCUGAUUGGCUCCUCGCUCCUCCUGCCUGCCUGCCAUUGGCCCUCCUGGAUCACCAGUCAUCACCCCUCUAGGUUUUUCCCACCUCCACACACUCAAAGUGAAUCUGGCUGUUAAGGAUCUGGGACAUGAGAGGACGUCCUGGCUCCUGCCCUCUUAUACGCCUUUCUGAAUAGACUUUAUAAUUUUAACUUUUCUGUUUUUGUUUUGUUUUUUUUGUUUUUUGUUUUUUGUUUUUUUUGUUCUUUACCUCAUUUUCUUUUUUUAUUUUCGUUCCCACCCUUACUCCAUGGGUUUGGUUCAGUUGGUCUGUUAUGUGGAGCACAGACUUAAUGUCAACAGACAGCACAGUACAACAAACGCAGACACAAGCACUGUAAAUAACUGUCCAUCUGAUCGAGUGAUUUAUGUUUCUAUUCAGUCUUAAAAAAUUGACUAUUUUUGUCUAGAGAAGAUUUUAAGAAGAACCAGAUUUUAACACAGAACACAGGAUUAAAUCACCUGUCAGGAUGGAUAAUUAUUUCACACCGUCACACCUCUCUGAAUUUGACAGGAACUGAAAAUAUUUAUCAUUUUUCUUUAUUUUUACCAGAUUUCUCCAGCAUUACAAAUCAGAACACACACACACUCACAUCAGCAGACAGUCAGGAGAGGAAAUGCAAUGUACAUUGUAGCACUAUUUCAUAAUAAAAGGAGAAAAAAUAUCUUUUUUGGUUUGUGUUGGUGUGGGGAUGCCUGAAGCAGCAGCGGGUUUAAGUUUAAAGGCUCAGCUUUUUGGUUUUUAACCCUAUUAGGUGAAGUUAGUGGCCAGAAACACCAGCACAUUGACCAGACAAAUAAAAGCCCAGAAAAGUCACUGAGUGGGCAGAGUUUGGCAUUUUUCACCUAGCUUAUGUAAGCUAUAUAAAUAAUACAGGAAAAAGCUGGUGUUAUAUACAUCAUAUUAUAUUAUUUAUAUGUUCUUAUUGCCAGCAAAUCCCAUAAAAAGACCAAAACCAACCUGGUUUUGAAAAUAGUCUAAAAUGUUGUUACAGUUUCCUAAAACCCAAAAUGACAACAUCAGAUGUUUUGUGCAAGCAACAGUCCAAAAUCCAAAGAUACUCAGUUUACUGUGAUAUAAUCUAAGAAAAGCAGCAAAUCCUGACUUUGUUGAAACAUGAACAAUGAAUGCCAAAAUAAUUGAUUUUAAGUCGGGGUCUGCGCGUGGAGUUUGUUGACAAGAAAAAAAAAUAAAGAAUAUUACCAGGCUUCUUUUUAAAACCAAAUUUUAUUAAAUGACAACAAAACAAUAGAUGGUAACAGAAAGACAAAUUGGAUUUUUCCCCACACUUUGCCAAAGCUCAGUGGAUAAAAGUAAACUAAAAUUGGAAAUGUCUCUACAUCGUUCACACUGACAAAGCUUUUUGUUUUCAUCCAUUGUUUUUUUUUUACAUUUUUCUGUUAUUUUAUUCUUGUUCUCAGUCACUGCAGCUCCCCAUUUCUUCACUUUUAAUAUUCCUUUUUUUUAAUCUUCUACUUUUCUAUCACCUCCCACAUUUAUUGUCUGUUUUCUGCCUGGCAACCAAUCAGACUGUUGGAGUAACCUCUACCCAGACUGUUAAAGGAAAAGUUAGAUGUUUUGUGAAAUAUGUUUAUUUGCUUUCUUGCUCAGAGUUAGAUGAGAAGAUAGAAAACACUUGCAUGUCAGUAAAUAUGAAGUUAUAGCUAACAGUCAAAAAGCUUAGCUUAGCAUAAAGACGGGGAAACAGGUAGCCAAAGGUAACAACAUCCACCUACCAGCAUUUCUAGAUCUCACUAAUUAAAACAUGUUUCUUGUUUGUUUAAUGAGAACAGAAACCAAAGUGUAAAUGUUACCAGUCCCCGUUUGGCAGAGGAUUGUGUGACGGACUAUUUUUUGGUGGUGAAACUACUGCACCCGACCAAGAAAUAGAUCGGCAAAUAACUCGUAAAACAGCCGACUGUCAUUUUUAUACUUCCAUUUCAAACAAACAUGGUGUACAGACACCAGAGUGGUGUCAAGCAAAUCAGUAAGAAAGCAUUUCAGUUUAUUUCUCCAAAUGUAAAACCUUUCCUUUAACGUCAUUGCCAGUCCACCAAAAGGCAAACCAACCAAAAAGUUCUUUAUUUUUAGGUUCUAAGGUUCUACGUUCAUGAUUUUAAUUUCUAGUCAUUGUUUUUAAAUUUCCUCCAGGAGGCGCCAAUGUACAGUUAUUUGUGUGUGUGUGCGUGUGUAUGAAUACACACACGAGGCAGUAUUUUUAAGAAAAAGGGGAAAAACAAAAAAUUUUUUUCUGAAACGAAGAGAUGCUCCUCCUCUACUGGCCGCCAGUAAACAAUGCAAUACUAGACUUCCCGUUACCACGGAAACCAUCAUGGAGACAGUUUACAUGGGACCACGCCCCACUCUGCCGACAACAACCACCUUCCAGCAACAACAUCGCUGUUGUUGUCACAGCAGCAACACUGGUUGCCAUGACUACAAGGGCCAGUUUGUUCACACUGCAGCAGGAAAGCCAAGGACACGCCCACAGACCCCCAUGUGACCUGUUUGAGAAGAUUUGAUUGGAGAAUGAGGACUGAGGCACUUGGCCAUUGGCUGUUUUAUUAAAUAUGGCAGCUAGUGUUUUAAUAGGAAAAAGAAUAAAAUAAAUAUUCUGGUAAUGAA